UUGUAUGACGCUCGUAGUGAGAAUUGCGCGCAAUUUAUUUUCGAUUUUCAUUGAUUUCUCGUUCUGUUAUUGAUUUUACGCACGUAAUUAGCACAAACGGAUUGGCUGCUAAUUGCAGCGGACAGUAAUUGCUGUGCAGCCGACAGGCGACAUACCAGUGCAACGGUGUCAAUUGAUUUGAUUUGAUUUGUGAUGCGCUAAUUGGCAGCAGCUUCAAUUGUGUUCCAAAUAUGUCCAAGCUGUUGGCCAAGAAGCGCUGGUGGAAAAUCUGCUUGCCCCACUCGCAAAAUGAUGCCAACAAAAAAUAUCGCGAAGUUAUACGACACAGCGAAUGCGCUUCGGUUCUGGCCAUUACGGACACUAGCAGCAGCAGCAGUAGCGGGAGUGGGAGUGCAAGUGGAAGUGGCAGCGGCAUUCAAAGCUGUGAUAGUGUAUCGAAAAUUUCCCAACCGGAUGCUGGCAAAUUGUUUCCGCGCAAUAUGCCAAGCAUUCGACGCAGUCGUCGACGUUCCACAGAGCGCAAGGAAAACGUUUCGGCUCCUGCUCAGGCAGCAGCUGCUGCUCCCACUCCGGCUGCUGCUCUAACCGUGCAUCGCACACAUCAGUCGCGCCAAUCGACAGUCACCAAAUUGACGCCACGCAAGCUCAAGUCGAAUUGCUCAAAGCAGCGCCACUUGGUCAAAUCUGCGGUGAAGACCAAAACGAGGGUCAAGCUGGCGCCCUACGACAUCUCACUCGAGCUGCCAGCGCCUGGCUGUGUGGACGAAACUGCGCCAAGUUUGGCACGCGCUCUGCACUCGCAGCAAUCGAGUUUGAUAAGCAGCGAUCUGUCUAGCGACUGUUUGCCCGCCAAGCAGGAGGAACAUUUCCACUCAUCGGGCAUCUCCUGCAAUGGCGAAACCGAUGACGACGUGGAGGUGGCCAUGCUAACCGGCUGCCUCAGUCCGCAGCAGCUGCAGCGCGUACAGCAUCGAAACAGACCCAAUCAACAGUUGCCACUGAAUGAGCUGCUCAGUUUGAAUGUUUGCCGGAAUCGAAACGCUGUUUGGCUGCACAAUGCGCAAACGGAUCAAUUGCUGGACUGUGGGCGUGGCAACUGCGAAACAGCAGCCAUCGCCGAUGAUAUGCAAUUAAGCGAUAUUGAAGAACAAUUGGCCAAGUUUGAUGGCCAGCAACAACAACAACAUCAGCAACAACAUCAGCAACUAGCUGCCAAAACCAACCAGUUGAGCCACAAAUUGAAGCCCACUCCCGCACCGCGCAUGAGCAGCUGCGGCGGUAGCAGACAACAGCUCAAGAUGGAGCAGCCCGGCAGCAGUUACUAUACGCAAACGGAAAGCGAAUUGCUGCAGCUGGAGGCUGGAGGUGCAGCGCCCUAUCCACAGCAGCAGCAGCAGUUACAACAACAACAGCAGCAGCAACAACAACAACAGCAACAGCUCGCUGCUAGCAGCAUUAGCAUUAGCAACCACUCAACCACUUCGACGGUCAACAAUUUGGAUGCCCCAUCGACGGCUAGCAGCAGCGGGACGCCUUCGCACUUUGUGUCGCCGCUGCAGCGACGCCACUGCCAGCCGCCCAAUCAUUUGCCACUGAACUCGGUGGUUGCCACGCCGCUGCGCACCGCUAGCUACAAGACGGCCGCAACCGCCAGUGUCUAUCAUCAUAGCCACCAUCAGCAGCUGGACUUUCAGCGCAAUUCACAGUCGGACGACGACAGUGGCUGUGCUCUGGAGGAGUACACCUGGGUGCCGCCGGGUCUGCGACCCGAUCAGGUUCGCUUGUACUUCAGCCAACUGCCGGACGACAAAGUGCCCUACGUCAACAGUCCGGGGGAAAAGUAUCGCGUGAAACAAUUGCUGCACCAGCUGCCGCCCCAAGAUAACGAAGUGCGCUAUUGCCACUCGCUGAGCGACGAGGAGCGCAAGGAGCUGCGAAUAUUUUCGGCGCAGCGCAAGCGGGAAGCACUCGGACGUGGAGCGGUGCGGCUGUUGUCCGAUGAAAGGCCCUGCAAGGGGUGCAAUGAACAGCUCUCCGGCGGUGACAUUGUGGUCUUUGCCCAGCGCUUGGGCGCCCAAGUCUGCUGGCAUCCCGGCUGCUUUGUGUGCAGUGUGUGCAAGGAGCUGCUCAUGGACUUGAUAUACUUCCAUCGUGAUGGCAAUCUCUACUGUGGCCGACAUCAUGCCGAGACCCAGAAGCCGCGCUGCUCCGCUUGCGAUGAGAUCAUCUUCUCGGAUGAGUGCACGGAGGCCGAGGGUCGCACCUGGCACAUGAAGCACUUCGCCUGCCAGGAGUGCGAGCACCAGCUGGGCGGCCAGCGUUACAUAAUGCGCGAGGGCAAGCCGUAUUGCUUGGGCUGCUUUGACACCAUGUUCGCCGAGUACUGUGACUACUGCGGCGAGGUCAUUGGUGUGGAUCAGGGCCAGAUGAGCCACGAUGGCCAGCAUUGGCAUGCGACGGAUCAGUGCUUCUCCUGCUGCACGUGCCGUUGCUCGCUGCUGGGUCGUCCGUUUCUGCCGCGCCGUGGCACCAUCUACUGUUCGAUAGCGUGCAGCAAGGGCGAGCCGCCAACGCCUUCGGACACCAGCUCCGGUCCACAGCUGCGGCCCACGCAUCGCGCCUCCACUUCCAGUCAAAUCGCGCGCUCGCCGCGACGCACAGCCGACUCGGCGGGGCGUGGCAAGACUGGGGUGGGCAAUGGGCAUGGCCAUGGCCAUGGACAUGGACAUGGUGGCAAGAGCACGGGCAGCGCCGGGGACUUGCUGGAGCGGCAGGAGCGCAAGCGUAUGGAGGCAGCGGGCGUGGCCGAUUUGCUGCUGGGUGGCUGUGUGCCUGGCAUGCCGCGACCCGCCCAUCCGCCGCCCAUAGAUCUGACGGAGCUGGGCAUCAGCCUGGACAAUAUCUGCUCGGGUGACAAGUCGAUCUUUGGCGACACGCAGCUGACAUCCUCCAUGCCAGACAUGCUGCUGUCCAAGGCGGAGGACUCGCAUAGCUAUCAGAGCAUAGACAAGAUCAAUCUGAACUCGCCCAGCAACUCGGACAUGACGCAGAGCACCCAGGAGCUGGGCAACGAGCUGGAGCUGGACAAUGAGUCGGUGCGUGAGCUGGAGCUGCCGCACGAUGGCUACGAGCAGCUCUUCGCAGCCAAGCAGAACGAGAAGGAGGAGCACGGCCAGCAGCAGCUGGACAAUCGGCCGCCGCUGAAGGAAGUGCGCUUCCACAGCGUGCAGGACACGAUGUCCCGCUCGAAGAGCUACACGGACAACUCGAAUGCGAGACGCCGUCGCCGGCGGCGCAAUCAAUCGCGCAGCUCCUCGGAGAUGCAGAUUAAUCAGACGAAUCUGCGACUGCACAAUGCCCAAACCCAAGCCGGCAGCGGUGCACUGAAUCUGCUUAACAAUCUGGACAAUUGCGAUGUGGCGAGCAUUUGCUCCACUUGCUCUUCGAGCUCCUCCAGCGACAUGGACGACUAUGUGUACCGGCUGCCCGCACGCAAGCAUUACGGUGGUGUGCGUGUCGCCUACGUGCCCAACGACGCGCUGGCCUACGAGCGCAAGAAGAAGCUCGCCCAGUCGGGCGACAACAAUGGCCAGCUGGGCAGCUCGGCCGGCAGCUGUCUGGGCGCUCCGUCUGCAACAAUGCCAGCCAUUAUGCACGAGAGCAAGAAUUGCACAAUAUCAUGACCACCUCCAAUGCUGCCGCCGCCGCCGCUGAAUCUGAGUAGCUAUUACAUCCUGGACACCAUACUCGAGGAGCAGAGCCUCAGUCUGCUGCCCGAGAAGAAGCCGGGCUGCCUGAGGCGCGUCUGGAACUUCUUCGGGCUGGGUAAGGCGCGUCCGGGCAAUGCACAGCGUCUAUAUAGCGUUUACGCUGCAGAUUUCUAUCGCCACGCUGUCUCCCCGUGCAGAACUUUAGCAUAUUUUUGUUAUUUAUACGAUAUAUAUCUAAUGUCUCUCUCUCUCUCUCUCUUCUCAUUGCAGUGCAAUGAACAGCUCUCCGGCGGUGACAUUGUGGUCUUUGCCCAGCGCUUGGGCGCCCAAGUCUGCUGGCAUCCCGGCUGCUUUGUGUGCAGUGUGUGCAAGGAGCUGCUCAUGGACUUGAUAUACUUCCAUCGUGAUGGCAAUCUCUACUGUGGCCGACAUCAUGCCGAGACCCAGAAGCCGCGCUGCUCCGCUUGCGAUGAGAUCAUCUUCUCGGAUGAGUGCACGGAGGCCGAGGGUCGCACCUGGCACAUGAAGCACUUCGCCUGCCAGGAGUGCGAGCACCAGCUGGGCGGCCAGCGUUACAUAAUGCGCGAGGGCAAGCCGUAUUGCUUGGGCUGCUUUGACACCAUGUUCGCCGAGUACUGUGACUACUGCGGCGAGGUCAUUGGUGUGGAUCAGGGCCAGAUGAGCCACGAUGGCCAGCAUUGGCAUGCGACGGAUCAGUGCUUCUCCUGCUGCACGUGCCGUUGCUCGCUGCUGGGUCGUCCGUUUCUGCCGCGCCGUGGCACCAUCUACUGUUCGAUAGCGUGCAGCAAGGGCGAGCCGCCAACGCCUUCGGACACCAGCUCCGGUCCACAGCUGCGGCCCACGCAUCGCGCCUCCACUUCCAGUCAAAUCGCGCGCUCGCCGCGACGCACAGCCGACUCGGCGGGGCGUGGCAAGACUGGGGUGGGCAAUGGGCAUGGCCAUGGCCAUGGACAUGGACAUGGUGGCAAGAGCACGGGCAGCGCCGGGGACUUGCUGGAGCGGCAGGAGCGCAAGCGUAUGGAGGCAGCGGGCGUGGCCGAUUUGCUGCUGGGUGGCUGUGUGCCUGGCAUGCCGCGACCCGCCCAUCCGCCGCCCAUAGAUCUGACGGAGCUGGGCAUCAGCCUGGACAAUAUCUGCUCGGGUGACAAGUCGAUCUUUGGCGACACGCAGCUGACAUCCUCCAUGCCAGACAUGCUGCUGUCCAAGGCGGAGGACUCGCAUAGCUAUCAGAGCAUAGACAAGAUCAAUCUGAACUCGCCCAGCAACUCGGACAUGACGCAGAGCACCCAGGAGCUGGGCAACGAGCUGGAGCUGGACAAUGAGUCGGUGCGUGAGCUGGAGCUGCCGCACGAUGGCUACGAGCAGCUCUUCGCAGCCAAGCAGAACGAGAAGGAGGAGCACGGCCAGCAGCAGCUGGACAAUCGGCCGCCGCUGAAGGAAGUGCGCUUCCACAGCGUGCAGGACACGAUGUCCCGCUCGAAGAGCUACACGGACAACUCGAAUGCGAGACGCCGUCGCCGGCGGCGCAAUCAAUCGCGCAGCUCCUCGGAGAUGCAGAUUAAUCAGACGAAUCUGCGACUGCACAAUGCCCAAACCCAAGCCGGCAGCGGUGCACUGAAUCUGCUUAACAAUCUGGACAAUUGCGAUGUGGCGAGCAUUUGCUCCACUUGCUCUUCGAGCUCCUCCAGCGACAUGGACGACUAUGUGUACCGGCUGCCCGCACGCAAGCAUUACGGUGGUGUGCGUGUCGCCUACGUGCCCAACGACGCGCUGGCCUACGAGCGCAAGAAGAAGCUCGCCCAGUCGGGCGACAACAAUGGCCAGCUGGGCAGCUCGGCCGGCAGCUGUCUGGGCGCUCCGUCUGCAACAAUGCCAGCCAUUAUGCACGAGAGCAAGAAUUGCACAAUAUCAUGACCACCUCCAAUGCUGCCGCCGCCGCCGCUGAAUCUGAGUAGCUAUUACAUCCUGGACACCAUACUCGAGGAGCAGAGCCUCAGUCUGCUGCCCGAGAAGAAGCCGGGCUGCCUGAGGCGCGUCUGGAACUUCUUCGGGCUGGGUAAGGCGCGUCCGGGCAAUGCACAGCGUCUAUAUAGCGUUUGAAAUCGAGUUUCAAUGGCAAAUUGUGUAAAUAGACAUAUCGAUAAAUACUACAUACAUAUAUACAGACACGCAUACACAUAUACAAGAAAUAUUGACUAUACCCUGAGGGUUCUGGGCAUUUAAAUUAGCUGUAAUGUGAGCUGGUAAGACAACAAUUUUUAACUUUUCUCUCUUUUCUCUUCUUCUUGUACA